ACAUGAAUCGAGUUAUCAAAGUGUCAUGGACGGUGGCUACUCUAGUAUUGGUGAUUGUUCGAAGCAUCGCUGCCGAAAAUGAAGAGCUGUGUGCAGACCGUCCAGAAUUUUCGCUUGUGAAGGAUGAAGACUACUGCUAUCGGUAUUUUAUAUGUGUGGGAGGAUUUGCAUAUCCGAUGAGAUGCAAUGGAGAUCUUUGGUUCGACGAGGAAACCCAAAGCUGUCUUAGCGCGAAUCUGGUGACGUGUGAUGUAGAAGAGCCGACCAAACCGGCUCCAGUGCCGGGAAUUUGCAACGAAAUCGAAGAUAAUGAACUGGUGCUUCAUCCAUACUUUUGCAAUACAUACUUUAUCUGUAUUGGUGAAGUGGGAGCUGCGGUUGUUUGUCCAUCAGGAACGUGGUUUGAUACCGACAGUCGGACUUGCAGGGAUCCUGCAGACGUCAACUGUCCGCAUGGUCCAGCAGGAGUUGUUAGUUGUCAAAUGGAAGAUAAUUUUGCAUUGGUACCAAGUGACCGGUUCUGCAAUCGCUAUUACCAAUGUGUGAAUGGGUAUCCCUUUCCGAUGAUCUGUCCCGAUAAUCAGUGGUUCAAUUCCACAAGAGGUGUGUGUGACCAUCGAAGCAGUGUGGAGUGUGAUUUGAAUCCCGGAGAACCGACUGAUCCCCCGACACCAAACGUCUGUGAUUUCAUUCCCAACAAUGCCCUAACGGCCAAUCCUACGGCGUGCAACAAAUACUAUGUCUGUGUCAACGGAGUUGGUUGGCCGAAAGUUUGUCCCAUGAACUUAUGGUUCGAUGCGGUCGGUCAAACGUGUGUUCGUGCUGCGGUAGUGAACUGUCCACUAGGACCACCGAUACCGCCGGAAACGACUACCACUCCAUUUAGUCGCUGUGAUGGUGUUCCCAACUUGUCGUACGUUGCUGGAGACGAAUUCUGCUAUCAGUAUUAUCAAUGUCGCCGUGGAGUUCCAUUCCCAUUGAUCUGUUCGGACAACCGGUGGUUUUCGGAAGAAACUCAGAGUUGUGAAGAUCCGGAAGCCGUAUUAUGUGAACUCGAUGAUUCACCUCCGCCGGUAACCCCUACUCCGGGAAUCUGCUCGGACAUCGAAGACGGGGUGAUGGUUGAGCAUCCCCUGCACUGCAAUCAAUACUAUCUGUGUGUAGGUCAAAUUGGAUUCUCCGCCAUUUGUCCGAUGGGGCUUUGGUUCGAUGAACCCAAUCAAAGCUGCAACAAUCCACUGAUCGUAGAUUGUUCUCAUGGUCCCACGACUCCAGCUCCCGAUCCAUUUGCGGUAUGCAACGGAAUAUUCGACUACCGGUUCGUACGGAACGAAGACUACUGCUAUCAGUAUAUCCAAUGUAUCGGAGGAACUCCGUUUCCACUUGUGUGCCACGAUGGGAUGUGGUUCGAUGUAGACCGACAGACGUGCGAUCGAUCGGAGUAUGUAGAAUGUGACGGAAUCCAUCCGCCAAUCGUUCGACCUCCAGAUCAUUCCGGUAGUUGCGAGGGAAUCGAUGAUGGGGUUCUGACCGCUCAUCACACUUUCUGCAAUGAAUAUUUCCUGUGUGUUCACGAAAUCGGAUGGCCUAUUAUCUGUCCCGUUGGACUUUGGUUUGACGAAGAUCGGCAAACGUGUUCUCUUGCUGGCCGUGUAGGUUGCAAACUAGCUCCGGUGCGUCCACCCGUGACCGAUAGUCCGUAUGCUUUGUGCAAAGGUAUUCCGGAAAAUGCGUACGUUCGUAACUCGGAAUAUUGUUAUCGCUAUUUCAAAUGUGUGAGUGGAUCUCCGUUUCCAAUGAUCUGCCCAAUGGAACAGUGGUUCGAUGAACGCCAGCAACGCUGCCGUAAUUCAACCGAAGUGACCUGUUCAAUCGAAGGUGAUCAAACACGACCACCGCCGACGGUCGGAGUUUGUGUUGGAGUAGAAAACACUGUCCAAGUACCGAAUCGAAGAGCUUGCAAUCAGUUUUAUACCUGUAUCGACGAAGUUCCAUUUCCACAAGUUUGUGGCUUCGGACUUUGGUUCGAUGAAAUCCGACAGACUUGCUCGGAACCAACGGAGACUGUUUGUGAACUGGGACCUCCCACUACGACAACCAAUGCUCCCCACCCGUGGAUGCUGUGUGAGGAUGUUCCAAAUUAUUCGUAUGUUCCGAGUCCCAAUUAUUGCUACCGAUUCUUCCAGUGUAUUGAUGGAGCCCCGUUCCCCAUGACCUGUUCCGGCAAUUUGUGGUUCGAUCCUGAUCGGCAAAUUUGCGCAGAUUCCGAAGAAGUAACUUGUAUAGUCAAUCCAAACCCUCCGGUUGUUCCACCGACACCCGGCAUCUGUACGGACGUUCCGAACGGACGCCAAGUUCGGGGACCACGGGCAUGCAACCAAUUCUACGUUUGUGUCGAUGAAGUCGGUUAUUCGGUGGUAUGCCCUGAUGGACUAUGGUUCGAUGCAUUCCAGCAAAUCUGUUCCUUGCCGUCAUACACCUACUGUCCGUUGGCCCCCCUUCUGACGACUCCGUCGCCAUACGAACGAUGUGAAGAUAUCCCCAAUUUCGGGUUGGUCAGGAAUGAUUUCUACUGUUACCGGUACUUCCAGUGUGUCGAUGAUGUCCCAUAUCCGAUGAUCUGUCGACCCGGUUUUUGGUUUGAUUUAGAACGUCAGAUGUGUGAUUUGAGUCUCAACGUAAACUGUGAGCUUAGACCGGGAAGUCCGGGCCCAAUUAUUCCUACUCCCGAUAUUUGCGUAGGAUCUCACGACGGCAGCUUUGAAAGGAACUGGAACUUCUGUAAUCAAUACUACCUGUGCGUUGACGAGGAAGCUUAUCCUCAGAUAUGUCCGGAUGGUUUGUGGUUCGAUGAUCAUCGUCAGACAUGCGAUCAGCCAGAGAAUGUCUACUGCCCUCUGGGCGCUUCAACAGCGCCGCCAAUUCCGGAGGAACGAUGCUAUGGAGUACCGGAUUUGUCGUACCUCUCCAACGAUGUCUACUGCUAUCGUUACUAUCAGUGUGUGGAUGGAGUUUCUUAUCCGUUAAUAUGCGGCAGUCAUUUAUGGUUCUCGGAAGAACGUCAGGCAUGCCUAACGGUCGAUGAAGUGACUUGUGAGGGAGAAAAUCGACCACCAGUUGUUCCACCAACAGAAGGAAUCUGUACCGGUUUGGAAAACGGCCGCCAAGUGCUUCAUCCUGGAUUCUGUAAUCAAUUUUACGUCUGCAUCGAUGAAAUUGGUUUCGCUCAGAUAUGUCCAUUCGGAUUGUGGUUCGAUCAAGACCAACAAAGUUGUUCCUCCCCGCCGGACGUCGAGUGUCCUCACGGAAUCGAAUCAACGCCCUCUCCAAUCGAGAAUAUUUGCGUUGGUAAACCGACUGGCACUAAGGUAGCCAAUCCACUCGAAUGUGACUGGUUCUACAUCUGCAUCGAAGGCAAUCCCUAUCGGUCUCCUUGUCCGGAAGAUACCCUGUUCGAUCAGAAUCUGUUGGAAUGUGUUCCUGCGGAGGAAGCCGAAUGUGCCACCGUCGUCACUACAGUUCCUACGCCCAGCCCGUGCUACGGCGUCGAGGAUUACGUGUUGGUACGGAAUCCGUACAACUGUGCUGGAUACUACGAGUGUAUCGGAGGACACGGACGACCGUCGUAUUGCUAUCCGGGAGAGUACUUCAGUGAGGAAUUGCAACGGUGCGAUGCCGCCGAAAAUGUCGAUUGCAGCGUAGAAAGUUCGUCUCCAGAAGACGAUGAUGACGAGGUGGAUCAAUGGGGGCGAAAAGUGAGGCUUAUCGAAAUGUGAAGUAUAUGGAUGAUUUUAUUGAAUAUAUGUGAU